GAUCUUUUGAAGCUUCCGACAAUCAGUGUUAAAGCCCAGCCAGCCACGGCUUCUCAAUUCUUCUGCGCGUUCCAAACCUUUCUCAUCGUACCUCUUGUUCCACACCUGGUCGAUUUCUCUUUGCAGGCUGGGGACCUGUAAACCCCCUUGUCGUCCAAGAUGGCAACCAGCGUAGACGCCAAGCUGCUGAAGCAGACCAAGUUUCCGCCCGAGUUUAGCAAGAAGGUGGAUAUGACCAAGGUCAAUAUUGAGGUUAUGAAGAAAUGGAUUGCAGGCAAGAUCAUUGAGAUCCUCGGCAAUGAAGAUGACGUCGUUAUUGAGCUCUGCUUCAACCUUCUCGAAGGCUCGCGCUUCCCCGAUAUCAAAUCGCUACAGAUCCAACUCACUGGGUUCCUGGACAAGGAUACUCCGAAGUUCUGCAAAGACCUGUGGAACUUAUGUCUCAGUGCCCAAGAGAACCCUCAAGGCGUUCCCAAAGAACUGCUGGAAGCAAAGAAGCUUGAAUUGAGACAAGAGAAGCUUGAAGCAGAGAUGGCUGCCGAGGAAGCCCGACGACGGAAAGAACAAGAGCGAUCCCGCGAACAAGAAAUCGAAAGUAUCAGGCAGAGGGAACGCGCAGACCGUGGCGGUAGAGGUCCCCCACCUGGAGGUCGUUCAGGUCGCGAUUUUGGCAGAAGAGGUUUCAGAGACUCCCGCUCACCUCCGCCCAGGCGACGCAGUCCGCCCCGAUAUAGAGAAGGCCGGCCAAGGCGGGAAUUUGAUUCGUAUGUUCCUCCGCGUUCCCGGCGAGGACGUCGCCCCUCCAGGUCGAUCUCGCGUUCAGUGUCUCGCUCUGCUUCUUCGUCGCGUUCUCCACCCCCGCGUCGAUCACGCUAUGGGGGAAGAGACAGGUCCAGAGACAGGAGGCGGAGGCCUUCAAUCAGUAGCUCUCGUUCCCCGGAUAGGAGGGACACUAGGAAGUCGCGCAGACGCAGUUCGGAUGCCGGUGAUGAUCGAGCUAGAUCCGUUACUCGCAGUAUUUCACCUCGCUCACGUUCUCCCAGGCGAGACCGAAGGAGGGAUCGAUCGACCACUUCCCGCAGCGUUUCGAGGUCGCCUACGCCCAAAGACAAUCGUCGCAGGAAGCAUUCGUCUGUAUCAAGGUCCAGAUCUAGGUCGCGGACCAGAUCCGUCGCCCGCUCACCGUCUGACUCUCAGGGCCCCGGUGGGAGGGGUAGCCGCUGGAGGAGAUCUCCAUCUUACGAUUCCAGAGCCUAUAGAAGAGAUGCACGCACUGAUGUUGGCAAGCGCCGUAGAUCCCGUGAUGAUCGCCGUUUGAGCCGCAGCAGAGACCGGUCUCGCGACCGUCGACGUCGAAGCCCAAGUCGAAGCAGGAGCAGAAGCCGUAGUCGAGGUCGCACUCGCACUAUCAGUGCCAGCCCACGACGUGAUCGUUCGCGCAGUCGCAGUCGCAGCCGCACUCCCAGGGGGGACAGGAAGAGACGGCGGUCCAUUGAAAGAUAUGCCCCAGCAGCCCGAAGACGGCGCAACACCUCUUCGGUUUCCGUACCCACUGAGAAGCGACAGAGAAUGGCUGAUUCAGAAGAGGAGACCGCAAAGCGGUCACCUUCCCCCGCAGGCCGUCGAAGUUCGAAGGACGAGCAGGAUCCGGGAAAGACCUCAAGCCCUGACCAGGCAAAACGGCAACAACAGAAUCCCGUUGGCUCGCGGCUCUCUGCUACGAAAAUUCGUGAGAAAUUGCUUCGGGAGAAGUUAACCGCCAUGCGUCGUACAAGUGCUAGCGAAAAGCCUCAGCAAGCAGCGACAUCCAAAGAAUAAUUCUUUUUUCAUUUAGGUAGGUGUAAGCAUCAGGAAACAGGAGCCAUGGGAGUUGCGGUCCUUGGCACAAAAGCAAAGGAGUUUAUCUCGGGGAGAAAGCCAAGCGUCGAUUCCAUCGAAAGUGCAUUUUUCUUUCUUCUCCUUUUGGUUUUAGUUAAUCAAAUAAAAUAAUGAAUCUCUUCCUUCCUCCCUUCCUUCCAG